AUGUCUUCCACAGGGACAGCUCAAGGUCAAGUUGUCCCCUUGGGACAGUACAUCACGCAAUUCGACACUGCAACAGAACUCGUCGGCAAAGAGAAAGAUGUUUAUGGACACUCAGACCCAAACGCCGCCCCAAAUCUGAUUAAAAAUCGGGUUGAUGAAUUCCUCACGUCGCAUGGAGAUACUCAAUGUGGAUCAAAAACAUUCAACGAGCUAGUCUCGGAUCUGUAUGAUGUGAACGGGAAAGGACGUUCUCGAACGGCCAUCCUUCCACCUCCUACAUCCACUGAUCGACCAACUUGUAUUCAAUUGACCGGGCGAUCUGGAAGUAUUGUAUCCCAUAACGCCGCCAUGACAAAGGCGAUCUGGGACUGCGAUCCAUUGGCGCAAGCGUUGAUUGGCACUAUACAAGCGAUUGACGGGUAUACCAUACCAAUCUCAAAAGCUGAGAUCGAUACUUUGUGCGGCUCGGUCCUGUCGCAUCUCCUGGAGAUUCGAUUGAAUGGGCAAACACUCCACGGUCGUUACUUUGAUCCAACUGAUCUCCAGACACUUAACCGUACCAUCGACGAUGCUUACAAAAGAGAUGGAGCUAGACCCGAAGAGGACACUGGUCAUCUGACCAUCUCAUUAAAUUCGUUACCCGACUUUCAAGUUGGCAAACCUGUAACCAGCCCUAUGGACACAAAACGAUUCAUUACCACCCUCAAGGCAGACUUGGGGCACAGUGAACACCAAUUCAAUAGUAUCCUAAGUAACGCGAGUCUCGGAAGAUCACUCACCCAUCACGAGAAAUCAGAUAUCAUGUCUCCUUCAUUCUUGAGGGACAUGAACAAGUACAUGGUCUACGAAGGGUACAGCUGGAACCCUACUGAACUCGCGUCUGAGAGGUUACCUCAAGCUAGCGAAGUACUAUAUGAGAAGGAUCCGUGGGUGAAGGAAUAUCGAGAGUCAAUGUUGGACAAGGAGAUCUUGUUGGGAACAACUUCUCAGGCAUUCCGGUCGAAGUUUCGACCCCAGGAAUUACUGAUCGAGGGGGAGAAGCUUUUGAUCGACAGAGGUAUUCAAUCUGUCACUGAUGCGUCAAGAGCUAGAGCCUGUGCUGCAUGUGGUGGGUCAGACCCUGGACCAACUGUAUCAGAAUAUUUGCGAAGUCAAGAUCCUUUGAAAUAUGCUUUGAGCGUUCUCAAGAAGGAGCACGACGAGGACGAGCUCGAUACCUCUGACCCCUUCGCCAUUGAGCCUUUCUUGCCGCAUUCAGCAUUACCUGCCUUACGAGAGCGUCAAUCCACAUUGGCCUGA